AUGAGCUAUGUUACCGCACUGGCCACAGCUGUGGACAAGAAUGUAGUCACAAAUACCAUCACAUAUACCAACUAUAUCACCACGACGGAAACCAUAAAACCCACCAGCACUGUCAUUGGGGGAACCAGCACGGUCGUGGAGCCGAACCCGACGACCGUCAUCAUCACGAGCGUGGAUACCAUGACUAUCGAAAGCGUGGCCACGGACACUGUCAUAGAUGUCACCUCCAAUACUGUCACCGCCACUGUGACCGCAGAGGCAACGUAUUCGGAUUUUGCGAAACGUGAUGUGGUAGUUCCGACUGAGCUAGACUUCUUUGAGCCCUCGAUUCUCACUGCCGCGUGCUUGGAGCUCGGUGUCACGGGUUCGACAACGGAAAUCGUACAGACGGCGUAUGUGACGGACACAGCCAGUCCGGCUACUGUGACUACCGAUAUCACUGGGGCCGUUACGACUACCUUGCUAGCAACAGUGAUGACCGAGGAUGCAGCGACCGAGACUACCACUCAGACAGCGUUUACCACUAUUAACGACGUAGUGACCACAAUUGUGACCAACACGAUUGAUGUCACAUCUGUGUUAAGUGUCACCUCCACUGCCGUGGUGACUGUCACAGCUACACCUUCAACGCUUUACACUGUGAGAACCUCGAAGAACUAUGUGACCAGCACCUCAUAUGUCACAGUGACGUCCGAUGUGACCGUCACGCAGACCGAGACGGUCAGCGGGACAACGACAGAUUUUCCGACGACGACGUGCAACGCAGUGCGUAACCCCGACUUUGACAAUAGCCUCGGCGGAUUGACGGUGACCACAACCGGAAGCGGAACUACUGCUUUCGUUGCCGGUGAUAGCACAACUUAUGCUCUCCAAGCCUCAAUCGCGUCUGGCGAAGCAGAGACAGUGACCAUCUCGCAGACCAUCGACGUGGAAGCAGGCAGGGAGUAUUAUUUCUCGCAGUAUCUGAGGAGCAGCGACGGCGUAUCCACACAGUUCUAUGUUAUUGAAUCCGGGUCCACGACGCAUACGUAUGCUGCAUCGGCGCUGGCAACCGGCUGGUCCCACUACAGAUGGGUUUUUACUCCCACAACAUCGUCGGUGACACUCACGCUUAAAUUGACAUCGACUGCAUCCUCGGCUAAGACGUGGGCCAUUGAUCUUGACCGCGUGUUUAUUUUUCCGUGGUCUUCAUACUCUCCCUGUGAGUCGAGUAUAUAA